AUGUCUGCCCUGUACUUCUCCAAUACAUCUGCCCUUUACUUCUCCAAUGCAUACACUGCACCCUUUCUAUUAAGAUUGCUGACAUUCCAGUAUACGCAAAUCAUGGUCCUCAAAACGUUUGCGGGAAUCGUCAACAUAGAAGCGUUCCUAGCGGAGAAAUUGGCUCAUAUAAAAAUGAGCUUCAUUUCUGAAAUAGACAUCAUUUUCUAUUGUGAACUAACUCUAAUAAUAAUGCGAGUCUUCAUUAUAAUGUGUUUAGUGGCAGCCGCUUGCGCCCAAUCUGGAUACAACUAUGAUAAAGGAAAUGGAAAUAAUGGAGGCGGCUUCGGAGGAGGAAGAGGUGUACUGGCCGGAGGCUUUGGAGGAGGAAAAGGUAGCUCUGGUGGAUCAAGGGGUUUAGCAGGUGGCUUAUUUGGAAGCCUUGGAAGUGACAGUUACAACCAAGGAUCUAGCUCCGAUGAAGCUCCAUUUUUCGAUGUUUUACAUUUGGAUUCCGAUUCGGAUUCUCCCUUAGGCAGUUCCAGCUCCCCUGUACCUACAUUUGGUUCUAGACCGUCACCUGGCUCCAGACCUUUCCUUGGUUCAUCUGGCGGCCCUGUAGCAGCCUCUUCCUUUAAUGCUCCUGUGGAGACUGCUGUAGAAAAUCAAUUCUUCACCUAUACUGCGGAUGAAAGUGAUUUCCAAGAUCCUCAAGCUACGAAUCAAUUUGCCAACUCCGUAAAACAAGGUGUACGUGUAGUGUUUAUUAAAGGUCCUGAAAACAAUGCCUUGGAAAAUGCUGCCCUAGCUCUGGCUAAACAAACUGCCAGUCAAAAGACCGACAUUUAUGUGCUUAACAAACAGACAGAUCUUGCCGCUCUGGCCAAUAAAUUGAACGCCGAAAAUAACAAUUCCAACAACAAACCAGAAGUGCGUUUUGUGAAAUAUCGCACUCCUCAAGAUGCUGCCAAUGCUCAGAGGGCUAUCCAAGCGGAAUACAAUGCUUUGGGCGGAAAAUCCCAGAACAUCAAUGGUGGCGUUGCUUCGUCCUUGAAUUUUGCCUCUAGAGCCCCAUUUGCUCCAGCCAGUCAUGGAUCCUUUGGUGGUGCCACAAAACGCGAAUAUCUUCCAGCUUCCAUAUUUCGUCGAUUCCGUUUCUAG